UGGAUCCUCGGCAGAGGGGGCUGGAGCAGGAGCUGAAGGUGACGCUGCAUCCCGAGCAUCCCAUCCCGGUGCUGGAAUCCCGCCGCAUUUUCAGCCCUCAGCUCAACUCCUGCGAGUUGGGAUUUCGCUUCAUCAUGCAAAAGUUAAAAAUAGUUGCACUUAAUUCAGCACUUUUCACCUUGCUGAAGAGGCCCGGAGGAGCCUCCCCACAGGGUCGGGUCAGCGAUGGUGACAGCCUGGCGCUCUCCUGCCCUGCCCGCUCGCCAGCUUUGUCAUCGCGCAGCUCCCAGAGCCGGGGGAGCGCAGCCCUGGCGUGGGGCGGCAGCUCUGCCUCCUGCCAGCGCUGCUCCAGGGCUCCGUGUCCCUCUGUCCCCUCCAGGCACGGCGCGGGCAAGGCCGAGGACACCUUCAAGACGCCCCCGUUCCACCUGGACCUGUGGUUCUACUUCACCCUGCAGAACUGGGUGCUGGAUUUCGGGCGCCCCAUCGCCAUGAUCAUCCUCCCUCUGGAAUGGUUCCCUCUGAACAAACCCAGCGCUGGAGAUUAUUUCCACAUGGCUUACAACGUUAUCACCCCCUUCCUGCUGCUGAAGCUCAUCGAGAGGUCCCCCAAGACCCUGCCCAGGUCCAUGGUCUACGUCAGCAUCAUCACCUUCGUGAUGGGCGCCAGCAUCCACCUGGUGGGGGACUCGGUGAACCACCGGCUCAUCUUCAGCGGGUACCAGCACCACCUGUCCGUCAGGGAGAACCCCAUCAUCAGGAACCUCAAACCCGAGACCCUGAUCGAUUCCUUCGAGCUGCUCUACUACUACGACGAGUACCUGGGGCACUCCAUGUGGUACCUGGUGACCGAGGGCCAGAUCUUCAUCCUCUACAUCUUCACCUUCUUCGCCAUGAUGGCGCUGGUGAUGCACCAGCGGCGCAAGGGGCUGGUGCUGGACAGCAACGGGCUCUUCCUCUUCCUCUCCUUCAUCAUCACCCUGCUCCUCAUCGCCGCCUGGGUGGGCUGGCUCUGGAACGACCAAAUCCUGCGGAAAAAGUACCCGGGGGUGAUUUACAUCCCCGAGCCCUGGGCCUUCUACACCCUGCACAUGAACAACCUGCACGCAGCCAAGGGCGCUUUCUGAGCUUUUGGGUGUUUUUGAAUGGGGGGAAAAAAAAAAAAAAAAAAAAAAAAAGAGAAGAAAUCUAGUUUUUCUAAUGUAGAUUCAUGUGUUUCCAAUAAAUUCCUGAGUGGAAAAAAAAA